AUGUCAGAACUUGAUCAAAUUACUACAAAUAAUGAUAUUAGAAAGGCUAUAGUUCAAGAAGAACGUUAUUUUCAGUUAAGACAAAAUGCAGAAUACUAUGAAAAAUUAAAAAAAUUGGCUGACAAAAAUAAAUCUUCUUUGUGGAGAUAUGUUUGCAAAGUUGCUCAGGGUGCUAAGGAACUUCUUAUUGAAAGAACAAGUGUACAUUUGGAUUUUUCCGCUGGAGGUGAUGAAUAUCUCGAGAAUCGAGAAAAUGAUUCAACUAAACAACCAGAGCCUGAAAAACAACCAGAGCCAACUAAACAAUCAAAGCCUGAAAUCAGAAAUAUAACGGAUAGUUUAAGGAAAAUAGAAAACGAUUGUGUUAAUCAUCAGGAAAAACUUUUUCGUAAAACAACAACUAUUGAAAAUGAGAUUUUUUUAUGAGCAAGGAACGUCGAAACAAAUUUAUGAUGAAGUAAACAAUUCUCAACAUAGAGAAAAUGUUCCAAUAAUAGAUCUAGGAAUUCAAGAAAAAGCAGGAAAUAUUUUGAUAGAUAAGGUAAAGUUUAAUAAAUUUACAGGUUCUUAUAAUAAC